AUGGCGGCCUCCGUCAUCAAGUCCGUUGACCAAUAUGCCUUCAACGUGUCGCUCGUUGCCUACGAUCAUGGUAUCGAGAACGUGCCGCACAGCCAGCGCCUGGGCUUCAAGGACAUCAAACGCAACACGAAAUUGUCCACACUAGAUGAUUCGCAGUUCAGGGUACCUCCUUCGGAGGCGACGCCCCAAGAACUUUCCAUUGAUCAGAGUGAGAAUGUUGGUGUUUGGGUCGGCAUGCUCCCAGUCACUGGUCGAAGCAAGGCCGCAAAUGAGAAUGCUAGCACCAAGACUGCAGGCGAGAAGAGCACCAAGGGAAAGUCCGUCAACACUUUAGCACUUCAAGGUGGCUACAAAGUCCUAUCUACAGAUUCAAAAGCUCUGAGAGUUGUUGUGCCAACGAACAAGGAUACUGCGAGCUACUACGCUCUCGCUGACCAAGAUGAGACCGGCCUUUGCGACGGACUCGGCAUCGUCGUGAACGAUGUCUACUUCUUCCCACAGUAUCGGAACGACGAUCAGACCGACAAAAACAAGCGGAAGAGUGAGUGGAGUGAACUGGUCCGCAAAGUGAGCAACCCAGAGAAGAAAAUCACCUACUCCAAGCACUACGACAAGACUAAGUUUCAGGUUUCACCUAAGCGAGCUCUCACGAAUGAACUGUCAAGUAUUAUCAACACAUUCCUUGCGGGAGGUGAUAGCACCAUCCUGCAAUCCGCCAUUGACCUUAUCGACAAGGCUGAUACCGACGGAGCGUUCAUGCCCCCUCCUAGCAAUAGGCACAUCUUCAAGUUCUCUAGCUCAAGAGUACCAAUGACAGGCGAGGAAUGCGAAGCGGCACGCUUGGAACUGCUGGAUCUCGCUCCUGCUCUCAAGGACCUCCCCAUCAGCACUCAGAACCUGAGUUACAUGAGUGCCGGCAUUGUUGGCAGUAAGAUUGUGCUGCCAUAUGCUCAUACUCGAGCCUUCAUCGUCGACUUCUUGCGUCGUCUCGAGGCGUUGGAGUUCAAUCCCGACGAUAGCGCCGAGCUGAAUGAGGCUGUAGUUCGCUGCAGGGAUCAUGUCCGCUACCAGAUCGGUGGCAAGUCUAGCUACGUCGAGCCAGCUAGUGAGCCAGGUGAUGUCGUGCGUGGCGUCCUCCAUGCCGAGAUACACAAAUUGCAAUCUUUUAGAACCUUCACCCACGACUCCAUCCAAGCUUUGAAGGACAGCCAGGGGGAUAGCGCCAUCAGUACCGCUCCAACCCUGCCACAGAUCUGGACCAAGUACGGCCUCUCUCCAGACGUGGACUCUGCCAAGUUGUAUGCCAUGGGCGUCCAUCGUCACAAUGUUGAGGCAUUGCGUUGCAUCUUGCGGCCACUCGAGCAGAUGAUCGACGACCAUUGCAAGAUUAUGCAGGAGCUCUCAGCAAGCCUCCCACCGGCAGAGUCAAAGUCCGAUAAGGGAGACGCCCAGGAGAUCUAG